UAUAUCGUUUAGCUAUUGCGGUCCUAUGUUGGCCGCCGCCGAAAGGAUUAAGCGACGUCGUAUAAGUCUCUGAAAUCAUUCGCCUCCAGCUUGCUGCUUCUACUAGGAUCAGGCUAUUCGAACGGCAAAGUUCCAGAAAAGCAUCACCUGCUGCCUUUUAUGGAUUCGCGCUUUGGGAACCAAUUGUUCUCGAUCGAUUAAUAGAAGAAAAAGAAGAAGAAGCAGAAGCUGCUGCAGCAGGAGGAGAAGGAGAAAUGUCGGGAUUUGGGAAGCAUUCAGGACCAUCAGGACGGCCGUCACCGCAACCGCGUUUUGGGGACUUUCCUCGCCUUCCUUCCCCUUCUCCUUAUCCUCCUAAAUCACCUCCUUUCUUCCAUUCUAGCCCCGUGCCGGCUUCUAGGAGUCCUGUAGCUACAGAGAGAGUGCUGUCACCACCAUUGUCUUAUGAAGGCUCCAGUCUCGCUGCUAAUGCUUCCCAAUCUGCUGGAAUUCCAAGAACUGGAGGAUUUUCUUGUGAUAGUAGGAGACCAGAAGCUCUUGGAAGAGUUCGCUCACCUCCUUUGUCCUUCAAAAGCACCCAUCCUGUUGCAAAUCCAUCUUUUGGGGCCCACAGGUCAACUUUGUCACCUUCUCAAUGGGUUAACGGCCAGAGUUCUCUUUCUAAGGAUGAUGACCAAACGAAUCUAACACCUUCUGCAGUCGCUUCAUUUGUUGCUUCACGCAAUGCUGGAACUAGUGUUACAGCUAAGAUUUCUAGAUUUCCAGAGAUAAAGAGGACCAGAUCACCUCCUUCACAAGCUUUGGAUGAAGAUAUUUCUAGAAAUCCCAGACAAACUUUCCUUCAAAGGCCUGCUUUGUAUCAGUCUGAAUGGGAUAAUCAGCACAAGUUGAUGAAUAAUUAUCCGAAUCUAUUGGCUCAUCAAGACCAUUCCCCAGUCUCUCCAUUUGAAGGUUCUCAUGGUUCUGCAAGAAGUUUUGUGAAUGAUGAUGCAGAUGUCCAUGUGCCAAAGCAAGCUAGAUCACCACCUGUAUCACCAGCAGAUGGAGUUCUCCAGAAGGAAACUAGAAGGUCUUCUACAUCUCCUCCUAGGUUGGGUGCUAGGUCAAAUGCUUUUUCCAGUACAUCUGGUUCUCAAAUUUCUCAAAAAAUCUCUCCAUCUGCCAACACUACUGCUAUUGAAGCUGCUCCCACCAGAAACACCAACUACUCUGUUGCAAAAAGAACACGGUCACCUCCUUUUCCUGCUUCUGAUAAAGCCUUUCAGGGAAACUCUUAUUCCGAUCAAGAUGGUGCUGAACGAGAAAUUCAAGCCAAGGCAAAGCGAUUAGCUCGCUUUAAGGAAGAAUUAGGUGAAAAAUUUGAAAAUAGAACAGAUAUUGCUGAAAAGAAGGUUUCUGCAAGUGGACGUGAGCGAUAUAUAAUUGAAAAGCAAAAAUUUGCUGGAAAUUACUCCAUGGAAUCAGGAGGGGAUUUCUCCAAUGGUGAUAUUUCUUCUGAUUGUGAUGGCUUGGGAAGCUCCGGUAUCAUUAUUGGGUUGUGUCCAGACAUGUGUCCCGAGUCGGAAAGGGAAGAACGAGAAAGGAAAGGGGAUCUUGAUCAGUAUGAGCGCUUGGAUGGUGAUAGAAAUCAAACUACCAAAUUUCUUGCUGUUAAGAAGUAUACUAGAACAGCAGAGAGGGAAGCAAGUCUUAUACGUCCCAUGCCUAUCCUGCAGAAGACUAUUGAUUAUCUGCUCAAUUUGCUGGAUCAACCUUAUGAUGAUAGGUUUCUUGGCACAUACAAUUUCUUGUGGGAUAGGAUGAGAGCGAUCAGAAUGGAUCUGCGGAUGCAGCACAUUUUCAACCUGGAGGCAAUAACCAUGUUGGAGGAAAUGAUACGGCUUCAUAUAAUUGCUAUGCAUGAGUUGUGUGAAUACACAAAAGGAGAAGGUUUUUCCGAGGGAUUUGAUGCACACCUAAACAUCGAACAGAUGAAUAAGACUUCAGUUGAACUGUUUCAAAUGUAUGAUGACCACAGGAAGAAAGGAAUUAAUGUUCCAACGGAACAAGAAUUUCGUGGUUAUUAUGCACUUCUGAAACUAGACAAGCAUCCUGGAUAUAAAGUUGAACCUGCAGAGCUGUCACUGGAUCUUGCAAAGAUGUCUCCAGAGAUAAGGCAAAUGCCAGAAGUGCUAUUUGCUCGUGAUGUAGCAAGGGCCUGUAGAACAGGUAAUUUUGUUGCCUUCUUUCGGCUUGCAAGAAAAGCAAGAUACCUUCAAGCAUGCUUAAUGCAUGCCCACUUUGCAAAGUUACGAACUCAGGCACUUGCUUCUUUGCACUGUGGUCUACAAAAUAAUCAAGGUCUCCCUGUUGCCCAUGUUGCCAAUUGGCUUGCAAUGGAGGAAGAAGACAUUGAAAGCCUAUUAGAACAUCAUGGGUUUUCUAUAAAGGAAUUUGAAGAGCCAUAUAUGGUAAAGGAAGGCCCAUUUCUCAAUGGUGACCAGGAUUAUCCUACCAAGCGUUCAAAGCUAGUUCAUCAGAAAAUUUCUAGAAGGAUAGUUGACGAUGUGUCACCUACUUCUCAAGUGGCUUCCUUGCCUGCUCAAGCAUCCAGAGAAAUUCAGCUGCCAACGGUCUGCAAGCAUGACAAGAAACCUGUUGCUUCUACUUUUAUGGAGAGAAAGGGUUCAACCCACGCAGUUGAUGAAGAAAUGCCUGAUUUUCAAGUUGUUUCAUCUCCAAAAGUUGGCACAAAAUUGCAGCCAGUAAUUGAUACGUCAAAAGUUGGUCAACAAAGUCAAGAAGAUCGUCGGGUGGAAGGUUCCUAUUUCUCUCCAUGGGGCUUCUCUUUGGUCCACAGCCCCCUGGUAAACCUGCCUGCUAAAUUUAACGAGGUGGAGAAACUAAAUGAUAACAUUCUUUCCAGCAUCUCUCCUGAGAAGAAGAUGCUAUCUGGCAUGGAAGACGUUCCACUGCAAGUUGUGUCAAGAGCCUCUUUGCAGGAAAUAUCCCCAAGUGCUAAAUAUGGUUAUGUUAUGGAGAACAAGGUCCCUGUUGUGGUUUGUAAUGAUACAAAAGAUGAACCUCCUGAUAAUCAUGAAAUGGAAAAUGAUGAAGUUUUGGAAAAUUACGAUGAUGAAGUUGCUCAGGCAAAGCUCAAGCUGAUCAUUAGAUUAUGGAGGCGGCGUGCUUCAAAACAAAGGGAACUGCGUGAGCAAAGGCAGAUAGUAGCAAAUGCUGCACUUAGUUCAUUAUCAUUGGGACCACCAAUUCGAAAGGCCAAAGAUCAACUGAGCACUACUACUGAGUUUGAUAUUGAGCAUGUUAUGAGGGAGAGGUAUGAAAAGCAUAAACAAUCAUGGUCGAGCCUGAAUGUAUCUGAUGUCAUUGUGGACAUACUCGGCAAAAGAAAUCCUACUGUUGGAUGCCUAUGCUGGAAAAUUGUCUUGUGUUCUCAGCAAAACAAUCAAGGAGACAAAGUGGUGGCAGCAGGCCCGUGGUUGCUUUCAAAGAUCAUGCCUUCUAAAAAAGAUGACAAUCUUCUAAUUUCAUCUUCUGGUAUGUCAAUAUGGAAAAAAUGGGUUCCCAGCCAAUCUGGAAAUGACCUGACCUGCUGCUUGUCAGUUGUUAGGGAUGUUAUGUUUGAUGAUUUGAAUGAGACAAUAGAUGGAGCAAGUGCAAUUUUGUUUGUUGUAUCUGAAAGCAUCCCGUUGAACACACAGAAAGCCCAGUUGCAUAACCUGCUUAUGUCGGUACCUUCUGACUCCUGCUUGCCCCUCCUGAUCUUAUGUGGCUCUUGCAAUAUAAAGGUUUCAGAUCCUUCCUCCACUAUAGUUAGUGAAUUAGGUCUUCAUGACAUUGAAAAAUCACGGAUAAGUAGCUUUCUCAUUGUUUUUCUUACUGGAGAUACGGAGAAGGAAUACUUGGAUGGCUUUUUCAGUGAUGAGAGAUUAAGGGAAGGACUAAGGUGGCUGGCUAGUGAAUCCCUCGUGCAACCUGAUAUUUGCUGUAUAAAGACUCGUGAACUGAUUCUAACCCACUUGAAUCCCUUGUUGGAUGUCCUUGAUAAGAAGAGUGUUCAUGCAUUAGAUCCAAAUCACUGUAUUUCAGCCUUCAAUGAAGCGUUGGAUUGGUCUCUGGGGGAAAUUGCUGCUGCUGCCAAAUCAAAGCCCAUCGGUUGGCCUUGUCCUGAGAUUGCUUUGCUGCAGGAGUCGUGUGAUGAGCAUAUGGUGGUCAGGUGGUACUUGCCAAGCAUAGGAUGGAGCUCAGCAGCAAGAAUUGAACCACUUGUGUCUGCGUUAAGGGAAUGUAAACUUCCUACUUUUCCUGAUCCUAUAUCGUUGUCUGGGAAAGGUGCUAAAUCAGGUGAAGAGAUUGAGAACCUGAAAUCACAACUCGAGAACUGCUUGAUCCAUUACAUGACUCAAUCGAGUGGAAUGAUGACACCUAACUUGGCAAUAAAAGAGGCACAGGUAAUGCUGCAAAAAUGUGCUCGACUUGAGCUCCAUGACUCAAGCUACUAUAUUAUUCCAAAGUGGAUCUCAGUUUUCAGACGGAUUUUUAAUUGGCGGUUAACAAGUUUAUCCAGUGGUGCAGUCUCCUCGGCCUAUGUUUUAAGGCAUCAUCAUGUUGAUCCGACUCCACUUAUUCUUGAUGAGUUUGGGCUAGAAGGAAAUGAAUCUUUGCCAUACAUAAAUCAACCUUCUUUAGAUGAAAUAAUUGUUGGCUGUACUCCCCUUGUACCAACAAGGGAUGAGCCACAGCUGGAAGCUUUCCAACCUCAGCAAAGGAGAGUCUCAAACGGUGAUGUGUGUGGGGCUGGCAGAACAAAUGACUUGAUGGAGGAUGAAAGCGCUUCUGCACAGUUUGACAGAGAUAACCAUGUAAACGCUGGCGGUGUUGAGGCGACGGUUGCUGGCCAAACUACUAAAGAAGCUGACAAAUUAACCAAGUUGUUGGAACAGUGUAGCAUAUUGCAAAAUUCCAUAGAGGAGAAACUUUACAUUUAUUUUUGAGAAUUUAGAAAUGAGUUUGUGCUUUGUAAAUAUCCAUAAUUUAAGAGAGUUGGCCGACUCUACCAUUGUAGUGUUUGUAAUCCUAUUCAAGGAAAUAGUAAAAGCUCCAUUUUGUUCAA